AUGCGACGCCGCUUUCGUUCCACUCCUUACAGCCUGCCUAAUGGUGGUGGUCAUCAUGCACCGCAUAUUAAUAUAACUCAUGAUAAUGGUGAUCUUCGUAUUGAAUUGAAAAAGAACAUUCAAUCCGACAAAAGUGAUGAAAUUCAGCGAGCUGGCCGUAUAAUGUCUGACUAUCGUGGUCCUAAGAGUGAAACUCAGCCACCUAAUACAAUUGGCUCGUUUAAAUUUAUACUGCGUACAGAGUCUUCUAAUGACAUGUUUGAUUUUCUGGACUAUUUGGACACGAGAGAUUCACUGUCAAGAUAUGAGCAUCUGUACGAGUGGGAAGUACCAAAUUCACCGUUGAGAGUCAGUGUGAGAAAUCGUCGAAGUGAUGGCAAACGUCCGAGAGACACGAACUUUGUCGUUGAAGUACGUGUUUUUAAAAAAGACAUACCAACAGACGAAGGCAUCAUGAUGGCAUGGCACAACUUUACAGGCACAUUUGUUGAAAAUCGGCGACAACGUCGAAAUCGAAUUGAAGAAAUGCGCAGGAAUGGCUUCUCAUAUGCCCCUGAAACCUUACAAGGGAUGGAUGUAAGUAGGGAUGCACCGAUUCCAAUUCCAGUUCUUGGCUUGGAAUUGGGAAUUGGAAUUGACAGGAAUUGGUUGGAAUUGUCAAUAAUUGGCCAAGAACCAACUGAAAUUGGUAUAGCCCAAUACUAG